AUGAACGGCUUACAUCAGCUGAUGUCGGCCUCGGUCUCGAUGCUCCUGCUCCUGCUACUGAGGCACAGCCACCGGGCCCUCGCCGGGCAACUGCGCGAGUGGAACCACGUUGAGUGUCACGCCGACGAGCACGAGUGCAUUCUGUUGCCGGACGACUUCGACGAGAUGGAAGCCCGUUGCCAGCUGCCCGGAACCACAGCCAGCGACCUGGUGCGCCCGGUGUUUUUCCGGGACGGCGUCAGAACGGAAUACCUGGGUACCGACGGGAGGCCGCUCACCACCGAUCGGGUCAAGUUCGACCCCAACGAACUGAUUCAGCUGUCGUUCAGCGCCUUGAGAGUGGGCUUUCCUGACGCCCCACCCGGAUGUCGUUCCGCCGACGAAUUCGCCUACGCCACCGGACGGGACCCGCUCAUCAGCGACACCGACGUCCUCUGCGUUGCACUGGGUGGCAACGCUUCUUCGGCGGUCUUUCCAUUGAGUCACGUCGUCGUGCUCAUCCUCUUCCUCCUCUACACGCUCAACCCGAUGGCC